AUGUGGAAAAAAAAAGUAUCUAAAAACCCUCUUAUGCGACAAGAGGUAAAUAGGGACAACCUGGUUGAGUCAUUUCCUGCCUGGGUCAAGAAGUGGAGAGGGGAAUUGUUUGUCGUGUACCUUUUUGCUUCUGUUUCGUUGCUUUUGGCCUCUUCUUCAUUUGAAGCUCACACAAGCAAUGUACAAGCGAGCAUUCAUGAAAAUCCAGAAGAUACGGAAAAUCUAACUAGCAUAAGUGAGCCAUCAUCAAGCCAAGUAAAGGACAUGGAAACUUCUGAUAACUCCUCGGAUGCAGUUAAUGUUUCUUCUGGAUCUUCAGAGAGGAUUAAGCUAUUAACGAAUAGCUCCUUUGAUAUCUUCGAUAACUGUUUUAAAAAAAUGAAAGAAGAUAAGAAAUGGAAAUUACGCUCUGAAAAAGUAGUUGAAGAUAUCCUUUAUUCCUAUGGAUCUGAUUUAGAACGAGAAAAUGCUAUACAUUCGUUCAUUUUUGAUAUAUCUGACUCAAAAGUAAAAAGCCUUUUUACUGAUGACGAAUGGGCAGAAAUUACAAGUGAAGGCAACAAAAAAGAUGUUGCUUUAUUAGAAGAAAUACGUUCAUUGUUGGAAGGCAUGAACAAGGUAGUAGAGCAUCAACAUUUUUGUCUUUAUAAAUCAGGGUAA